AAUAAUAAACGACAGAAUUUAGUUUUUAACAAAGACUUUCUUUCGUCUGAGGCCAGAGAUUAAAUUUCACCUGAGGCCACAGUUCAAAUUUCACCUGAGGCCAUAGCUUAACUUCUGCAUUAUUUUGAUGAAAUUUUGUCUUGCAUUAAUAGAGACUUGAAAGAUGGAAGACACACUUCGUAAAUACUGUCAGCACUAUAUACCUGAGGAAAUGUGUCCUUACAUUAAGUCAGGCAUUUUUGCAAUCCUGGUGGUGUCAGGUACAACCUUUCUGUUCAAUUUACUCAAAAGACAACGCAUGUGCAUGAAAGUUAAAAGAGCUAUGAAGGAAGCCUACAGUAAACGUGCAGAACAACUAAAGUCUUUAAAGGAAAAGUUACAGAAAUCAAGUCUUACUGAAGAAAUGAGAAAUGAAAUUCUAUCAUUGGACAUUGUCCAACUUCAGAGACGACUCAAAGACCGUUCAUUAAAAGCUAUUGAUGUUCUUCAUGCUUAUCAAUACAAGGCACUUGAAGCCCAAGAGGAAACCAAUUGUUUAAUUGCAAUAAUUCCUGAAGCUGAGGAAUUAGCUCUGAAAUGUGAUUCUGUUCCACAUGUGACCAAACCUCUUCAUGGAAUUCCAAUCAGCCUCAAAGAAAACAUAAUCUACAAGGGACUUCACACAACCUGUGGCUUAAGUUUCAGCCUGUUGAGCCCACCUCAUGCAGAUGAUUCAAAUCUUGUUAAGUGCCUGAAAGAACUUGGUGCUGUUCCAUUUGUCACAACAAAUGUACCACAGUCUUUAAUGAGUAAAUCCUGUAAUAAUAAUAUUUACGGACAAACUAGAAACCCGCAUAAAGCUGAUCGAUGUCCUGGUGGAUCAAGUGGAGGGGAAGGAGCUCUCAUAGGCUAUGGUGGAUCAAUUUUGGGUAUAGGAACAGAUAUUAGUGGUAGCAUUCGCUGUCCAGCUCACUUUUGUGGUAUUUAUGGAUUAAAAACAACUACUUCUCGCAUGGGGACAGGCAGUAUAUUUAAACCAGUCAAAGAACAAAUUCUCAUUCAGACUUCUGUAGGCCCAAUGGCACAGACUGCUGAUGGCUUGAUUAUGGCAACAAAAGCAUUGUUUUCUCAAGAAGUCUUUGAAAUGGAUCCCCAAAUAUCUCCUAUAGAAUUCCAGAAUCAUUUGUUUGAUAGCAAGAAAAAACUGCGGAUUGGAUAUUAUGAGACUGAUAAUCUAAAUAAAACCAUACCAGCCUGCCGUAGAGCAGUUCUUUUAGCAAAGAAUGCAUUGGAAUCUAAAGGGCAUAUGGUGAUUGAUUUUACUCCUCCGAGGAUCCUUGAUGCUGUGCUUUUGGCAGUAGAAAUUGUGUUCUCUGAUGGACGUUUGAUGAGAAAAUUAAUAAAAUAUGAAAGUCCAACUGAGGAAUUGUAUUUUAUUACAAAGUCAGAAGGUUUUAGGAAAAUUAUUUCAGCCCUUGUUUAUCCUUUUGACAAGCUGGCAUCUAAAUCCAUUUAUGCAUCGGAUGGACGUAGUUUGUUCUUAAUUAAAACCUUUAUUUAUCAUUGGCUGUUCUCUUUAUUUAUUCAUUCUUUUUAUUUUCAUUUAUCUAUCAGCCCUUCUCUUAUGUUUCAGAAAUAUGAUAAAGAAUUUGCUGAUGCUAUGCAAAAAGAUAAAUUGGAUGCUCUCAUCUGCCCUGUCAUGUCUUCAACAUCACUACUGGCAAAGAGUUCAAGCUUUGGAAGGUUUCCAAACUAUUCUCUGCCCUAUAAUCUACUGAACUACCCUAGUGUGUCUAUGCCUGUUACCAACGUAACAGAAGAAGAUGUAAAGGCGACUUAUAAACCUAAGACAUUGAUUGAAUACUCAGUGAAAAAUUCAAUUCCAGGCAGUGUUGGUCUUCCAGUCAACAUCCAAAUUAUUGUUCCUACAUAUAAGGACGAGCUUGCAUUACGCAUCAUGAAAGAACUGGAUAGUGAACUGAAGAAAGGAGGCAACUAGCGUGUAUAACCAUCCUUACUUCAUCAAAUCCUGGUGAUAUAUGAUGACUGGUAUCACAAUGAUUCCACUUUAGAAGAAGGUUAAUAUGAUGUUGCAGGACCUUGGUCUUCUUUAUAAAGAAUAAUGACAUUUAAAUCCUAUUGCUUGUUUAAGAUGGUUAGCAUCUGUCCUUUAUUAUGUCUUGUUCAAGUUUGCAAUGUAGAACUUUAAAAUCAUUAUUUCUCCACGUAUGGACCUAAAUUUAUUGUCACGAAACUUGACAGGAAUUAAAAUAUCUUUUGCCUCUAACAUAUUGCAAGAAAUUCCAAAAAAACGAUCCUUGGUGAUACAAUACUAAUUAUCAUAAUAUCAGUAUUAUAGCCCACCCCACACUCUACCACCUACACCCCAUUCAUCUCAUAUUCUACACAUGUGCCUCCCGGUAAUAUAACACACCUUACACUACCACAUGUCCCACAUAAUCAAUACCUGACAUUAAAACACAUCACUCAACUCACACACCACAAGUAUGUGAUACAGUCACCACACAACACCCAAAGUACAUAACGCAACUCACGCACCACAAAUAUGCAAUACAUUCAGGACACAACACACAAAGCAAAUAUGUAAUACAGUCACCACACAACACCCAAGGCACAUAGAAACUCACACGCCACAAAUAUGUAAUACAGGCACCAUACAACACCCAGAGCACCUAACACAACUUACACAAUACAAAUAUGUGAUAAAAUCACCGCACAACACCCAAAGCACAUAACACAACUUACACAGCACAAAUACGUGGCACAGGCACCACACAACACCCAAAGAUCAUAGCACAACUCACACAAAGUAAAUACAGUCACUACACAAUACCCAAAGCACAUACUCUAUACAACAAGCAGAUAAACAACUAAAGUAACAUCUGAAGGAACCUAACAAACUCAUUAAGUAGAAAUCAGGCUAAAAGUGACACUGGAGUUCAACACAAGUCUCUGGUUCCCUCUCAAACCGUUCCCUACAUGCCAGCAUAGAAAGUGGUCAUGAGAUAAUGAUGAUUCCAGUAAGUCUCAAUUCUAAAACCACAAAAGACAAUGUUGUAUGCACUUCAGUAAGACACAAGUGCAUCUGGUGGUGCAGUAGAAACUCAGAGAAAGAUGUUGAGAAUAUGAUAAAAUACAAUAAUUAUAGUUCUAUAUUUAAGAGAUGAGGAAUUAUUAACAUUAUUUUCAUUAUUUACAUUUGACGGAUAUUUGUCCUCAUCUUGUUUGUUGUUAACACAAACGUUGUGUUAACAACAAACAGCCCACGGGCAUAUGGCGUAGUGGUUAAGAGCGCGGGCUACCAACCCCAAGGUUCCGAGUUCGAUUCACGGCAGCGACCUGAUUAAUAAUAGUAAUAAUAUAAUGAUAGUAACAUCAUUAGGAAUGAGAACCCAGGUUCGAAAUUUCCCCAAGACACCUGACGAAGGCUGGAGGGUAUAUCAGCCGAAACGUUGUGUUAACAACAAACAAGAUGAGGACAAAUAUCCAUCAAAUGUAAAUAAUGUAAAUAAUACAAUAAUUAUGUUAAUAAAUAUGAGUAAGAAUUUAUUUUAGUAUUUAGCUUAUUGAUAUUCAUUACAGUUCAUUCUGGAUAUCAUUACAUCAAAUGUUGUCUGAAAAUAAAAUGCUACUGUAAGCAGAGUUAGUGUAAUGCUAGUAAUUUAUAAAGCAAAAAUCCAAAUUUGAAAUACGAAAGUAGCAUUUGCAUAGAGUAGUGUGUGAUCCUUAAGGAGGGUCUCCAUCACAAGAAUUAAGUCAGCUAUAUCAUUUAGCUAGCAAUAUUAUAAAAAUUCACAUAUUGUACUUGAAGAUAAUUCAAGCAAAUUAUCCCCAUGUGAGAAAAGAAUGUGAAGUAUUAGAUCUAUCUUAAAUAAUAAAUUAAAAUAUUUUGUAUAAAAAUACCUUCUGAUAUUUUCAUUACACACACUUCUCAAAAGUCUACUUACAGGACCUCUCUAUGAAUACUUUCACUAAAGUAGUAACCCUUUACCAACAUUCUCUCCAAAGAUUCAUUCAACCAGCUAAAUGCAUUCAUGUUUUAAAAUAAGCAUUUUGGUCAGUGUGCUAGUGAUUCUGCCAGCUUGCUGCCUUAUAAUAAUAAUAAUUUCAUUAUUAAGUUGGUGAUGGGGAACAUAAAUAAAAAUGAGACUUUAGUUGAAGGUUUCGAUUUGAACUUUUUGAAAUAAAAUGUUUGUAUCAGAGAACUAGAGGUGGUCUCAGCAGUUUGUACCACAACAGUUAAAACAAGUGAUGCAAAUUUAACCCUGUCACACCAUGUUCCUGCUAUUGCAGGAAUAGCUUAAAUGUCAUAUCACCUCUGCUGGAUUCAUGCUAAAGUGGUAAAGAACAAUAACCAGAGGAAAAGAAGAUAAAAUGUUGGUUUCAAAUUUUGACACAAAACCAGCAAUUUUGGGGGAGGGGCCUAGUUGAUUAGAUCAACCCCAGUGCUCAGCUGGUACUUAUUUUGUUGACCCCCAAAAGGAUAAAAGGCAAAGUCGGCCACAGAAGAAUUUGAACUCAGAAUGUAAAGACAUGAAAUGCUGCUAAGCAUUUUGCUUGGCAUGCUGACUGCUUUGGUCCAGUGGUAGAAGAUAAAAUACUAAAAUUAGACAACAUUGCAGCUUUGUAGAUAAGUAUGUUUAUGACUCAUUGAUAAUGGUGUCCCCCUAUAGCUGCUUUUUGUUUUUGCUUUUAAUUGAGAAAGAAAAACUAAUUUCGUGGUGAAACAAGCCUCUGAUGAACUCACCACUUCGUCUUGUAAAUGAGCAAAGGCUGAGACUUUUUGCAGUUAAGGAAAUUAUUGAUGACAUUUAUUCUUUGGAUGAAACAUUUACACUUACGCCAGCAAUGAGAGUGAUUUGGACAAUAAAAUUGGUGGAAGUGAUGAGAAAAGUAACAACGCAGGAUAACAAAUAUGAUAGAUGCAGAUGUGUGACGAAAGAUUUCCAGACUAUGGACAGAAAAUUUUAGGAAAAUAAAAAUAAGAAAUAAGUGGAAAUUUUACCGGUGAGUGUGUUAAAUUAUAAGGCACAAAAAGAAAAUGACUCUCCCCAGACACAACAGAAUAUGCUUCAUCACACAAACUCACAUUAAGAAUCUUGCAAACCAAAUCCAAAAAUGAGACAAGAUAAAUUAAGGACAGUAAUAAACAAGUGAAGAACGAAUAUAUAGUGUAUGUGUUUAUUUGGCAAAAAAAAAAAAAAAGAAAAAUCCAUCCUGAAAUACAACUUGUUAUUCUCCUGAAUUUUUUUUUGGUUUUUGUGAUUCAUUCCAUUAGUUUACCUGCAAUUGUUACUUUUGAGCUAUUUAUUUUUUUCCUCAGGAGUUCAGGUGGAGGGGAAAGUUAGACACAGGGGCUCAAGUCUGAAAGGGUUUAAUCAGCAAUAACAAAACUUGUUUAUUCUUUAAAUGUGUUGCAGCAAGCUUUCAAAGAGGAUUGCAUGAAAUUUUAUCCUUCUCACAGUAAUAAUGCUCUUCUUAAUAUGUGGUUCUGUCUGUAUGUACAGGAAAGUACAAGUAAAAAAAUGUCAUGAUUCUUUGAGACUUUCUUGUACAUACAAACCACCAGAGCUAAUAAACUGGAUAUUGUUGUAAAAGACCAAAACAAUGAAGUCUGUUUAUUAAUUAACAUAAUUAUCCCUUUCACAACAUAUUGCAGCAGAUCUUCAUCACAAUUUAUCAAAUACUUGGCAAGCAUUCUCUCUUCACUCCUUAUACAAUCCAACCAUUCUUUCUUUUCAUAUACAGUCUGUGACAAUGUGGCAUGAAUGAUCCAUUGGGAACUCUGUGGAAAUCAUGGCAUACAAAGAGGAAGGGGGCGUGGUAUGAGCAAACUCCAGAAGGAGUCACCAAAAAUGAGAAUUGAAAAAUCCUGUGGGAUGCAAUGAUCCAGUGUGUUCACCCGACCAGAUAUCGGAAACUGGACAUUAUUGGGGUGAAUAAGUAAGAGAGAACAUGUAUGAUAAUUGACACAGCAUGCCCUGGUGACUACAGGAUCAAAGUGAAAGAAGAAGAAUGAAUAAACAACUAUGCUGAUUUGAUGUAGGAAAUAUGAA